CAUGUACAUGUAUAUGUUGCAUAAAAUAAUAGAGUUCAAGCAUGUAAAAUAUAACCAAAGUUGUACAACACUGAGAACAAAGCCAAGGGAAUCAUUUGCAGUUUUUAAGCAUCAUGAAGAAAGUUCAUUUACACUAUCUCAAACUGGAGUUUUUAACUAUAGACUUGUAACUGAUAUCCAUACAUUACUUGAUAUCAAUGCAUCAGUAAUUGGGUCAACUGAAGGCAAUGAGACAUCUUGGCUAGCUUUUUGCUAUGAAACAAGCAAUGUCCUCUUUAUUUAUAACAAUGCCGCAAUAGUUCACCCAACUAUUGUAUCCCUUAGUAAUGCUGUUUCUUUGUGUGGUGUUAGCUAUGGUGAAAAUCAACUCUAUUUAUCUGUGUCAACUAAGGGUUGGUACUAUAUAAACAUGGGAGCAGGUAAUGUACAUAGCUCUGUUGAAAUUGGUCUUGUCAUAAAUAAUGACACAAUUAUACCUGAAUAUUGUCUAGGUAAAGGACACAGAGUGGACACUGGUUCAAGUCAGGUAACUAGAGGAUUUCUUGUUGAGUUGGAAGCCCUUGAUAAAAUUGGUUACAAAUUUAUAAGUGGUCAAAUAGAGAACAGAUACAUAAGUUUAUAUAGGAUAUGA